UUUUAGUGCUAGCUGAACGUAAAGUAAUGGCUUUUGUGCAACGUCGAAAGGGUCCUGAUGUAGUGGGAUCGUUCGGAUUGUUACAACCUCUAGCAGAUGGUUUGAAAUUGAUUCUAAAAGAACCUAUUUCACCAAGUAGUGCUAAUUUCUCCCUUUUUAGAAUGGCUCCAGUGGCUACAUUUAUGUUAAGUCUGGUCGCUCGGGCCGUUGUACCUUUUGAUUAUGGUAUGGUACCGCUUAAUUCAGCUAUUUUGGUCGCUCUAGCAGACAACUAA